GUCGUCGUGCGCGCAAGAUGGCCGAAUACCAGGAACCGGCAGUUGGUGUUUCCCUUCUUCUCACCCGAGUCUACUAGCAGAGGACCGCCUCUGGUCCUGGGGACAGCGCUCUUCUUCCUCGUCGGCGUGGCUCGGUGAUUUGGCGACCCCGAUAAGAUCCUUUCGCUGUGCUCAUCCCGCGCUGCGAUUGGCGCAAACAGACCUGUCUAGCCAGCUCCGAGAGGUCUCGCCCGGGCGCCCUCGUUCUCACGAUUCCUUACAUAUUAUAUAAUUCUUGAUCGCGCCUGUCUUUUCCGCUCGACCCCACGCCCUCCUUAUCAUCCGCUGUCCCGCUCAGGGCCUGCUGCGCCCCGUUCGUCGUCACUAAGCGUGUCUUCGAUCUCCAGCGAGCCGUAGCGACCCGUUCUCUUUUCCGCAUACCACCCCAUACCCAAUCCAGGCGCCAGCAGUUGGUAUAUCGCCCCUCGUUUUGUUCUUGAUCCACAACUUUGCGUUAUCUUUACGGGUCCGGGUUUCUUCGCAACCUCCACCGUCCCGCCAAUAUACACCGCGCUCCAAACGUCGAGCGAGUUGCUCCCCACCCAGAUUCACUUCCUGCCUGCUCGAUUCGACCGAGAAGAGGCCUUUCUUCUCAUUUUGCCUGCCUUUUGCCUUUCUUUCUUUGCGAGCCAAAGGAAGAGCGUUGUAAAGCCAAACCUCUGAUGAUUGUACUGUCGCGAUCCCCUUCCAUGGACUUCCGUCACACCAAUGCUGCGGGAGCGCCCCUGCCUAUCCUACCUCGCCGGUUGUCCUCGGUCAACCGCGUACUUUCAUCGUCCUCAUCUACUUCGUCUUUUUCCUCGCCCUCUUCGUCGUCGUCGACUCCUCCAAAAUCUAGCUCUACCAUCAAGCUUGUCGUCCAGCAGGCAACUCCCCCCGACCCUGAGUCGUCAACCUCUUCCUCCUCCUCUGAGGAGACGCUGUCAAAGAUCAAGCUGCGACCCAGACGGAUUAGAGGAGUUCGGCCGCCGGAAUUCAGUACACCAACGCCACUUGCUGUCGAAUUUCCCCACCGACGAUCGCCCUCUCCUCCCGACGAAGAUGCGACCCCUCGGCCCAAAUUCGCCGGUGGCCUUGGUCCGCGGGUACUUUCCACACCUCACCUAUCGUUACUAGCGUCGCCAUCAACCCCGGUGUUAUCGGAUGAAACACCUCGCAUCUUGCGUAAAAAAUCGGGCCAGCCUGUCAAGUCGUCGCUCAAAUCGUCGACGCCGAAACAGCGCGCGUCUCUCAACGUUGUCAUUGGCAACAGCACUGGCAGCAAGAGCGAGCCGACGACACCGACGCGAUCAGUGCAUUUUGACACAAAACAGCAUGUGAAGCUCUUCCUCGCUGAGCAAAAGCCCCUGGCCGUCAGUCGCGACGGCUCUCCGACCGACGAUACUAGUGGCGCUGAGGAUUUCCCGGAAUGGAUUUUUGGGAAUGGGCGCCGGGACGAAGGUCGGCUGGAUAUGCUGGUGACUGUUCCUGAAGCCAAAUGGGAGAUGGACGUGAAGCUCCAGACGCUGAAACUCGCGGACGACGGUGCGAAUGUGACGGGCACGAUUGCCGUGCGGAAUCUGGCGUUCGAUAAAUGGGUUGCUGUGCGUUUCACGCUGGACGGAUGGCAGACCACGAGCGAGGUCACUGCGCGUCACCUGCAAUCGCUCGCUGGCGGGCAGGUUGACAUCUUUUCGUUCUCCAUCCGGUUGAAUGACGUAUUGGCACGGAUCGAAGGGAAGGAGAUGCUACUCGCAGUUCGCUACAACUCUGCGGGCCGAGAGAUGUGGGACAACAACGAGGGGUCGAAUUAUCGCGCCGUCUUCAGACGCGUUCGCGAGAGUGAGCGCCCAAAGCCGGCGGAUGCUCCCGUGUCUGUUUCGUCCGAGAACGACUCGUCUGGGUCUGGAACCACAGUUGCAGCUGACUUGCGCAGUCGACUGGAACGUGUGGUGAAGACGCAGGGACAACCGCCAAGCCAACUUUCGACGACGACAGAGAAUUUCAAGGCUGGCGGUUCUCUUGCAGCUCGUUACGACUUCAACAAUUCCGCCAAGCAGCCAUGGCACCCUCACUCGCGAACCCAAUCGUAUCCCGCUGGAUUCGACUCGCCCAGCCCGACUAACAGUGCGCAUUGGCCGCCGCGAAUGCCACCUAAAGCCAGCCUCGGCUCGCCUCGUGACGCAUCUGAUGACGUAGCAUUCCGGCCUGUACAUCUCGCGUCGACUGAUAACGAGGAGCCUGUGCUGGGCAUUUCUCCGGCUCCCUUGCCUGUCGGCCGAUACCACCAGCGGGGAUAUUUCGAUGUCCCUUUGCGACAAGCGAGCGAAGCGAGACUCACCUCGCCCGGAACGUCAUGGCUUGGGUCGUACAUUCCGGACGGGAGCGAGGAGAACACUCCAAGCUAUGUGACUAGCUCAGGUUCCUCUGCGAGUGGGACAGCGUCUCCUGCUAGCCCCACGGAUGGUGUCGGGUUGCCCGCUGGCGUGAGUCCAGCUGCGAGUUAUCACAAUUUUCUUGAUAGAUUCUGCUUUUACACGGGACCGGAAGAGAUCGAGGGUCUGCCUUCGAGGGAGUCUGUCGAGGAAUAUAUCUCGCCUGGAAUAUCUUCUGAAUCUCGUUCUGCAACCCCCAUAGCCGCAUAGAUUUGCUCAUCAGCAUGCCUUCCCCUCUUUAUGUCCUUCAGGUGUAUCUUUACCACAAUUUCGACUUCGAUUUUUGUACAAUUAGCAUUUGACAUGAUAUACGCAUCUAGCACAUACCACGACUACUCCUGUAUACACGCAUACUAUCUGGUACCACACAAUUUAGAGACAAA